CUGGGCAGGGCAUAUCUCAGGUACCUCCAGCUAGCUUGCAACAAAUCCAAUAACAUCCUUUGGCGCUUCAAGAAAUAAAGCCCCCAUCUUUUUUGCAAGCAAUCAAUUUGCAGCAUUCUUCUGGCUGUGCAAAAAUUGACUAAUUAAGCUUGUAGUAGUACUUUUCCAAGUUUUACAUGGAAAUGGCGUCAGAAAAUCCAGAAAGUGUUGGAUUCUUGAGCCGUGGAUGUUGUUGGUUCACGUCAUUCAUGAAGAAUUUAGCCUCCAAAUUAGUACUAGAACCAGCAAGAACUGCAAGGAGUCUCGCACAAGAAGAUCCAAGAAGAAUCAUCCACUCCAUCAAAGUAGGAUUGGCCAUUGCCUUGGUUUCACUAAUCUACUACUUUGAUCCUCUUUAUGAAGGUUUUGGAGUGUCUGCUAUGUGGGCUGUCAUGACUGUUGUGGUUGUUUUUGAAUUUUCUGUUGGAGCAACACUUGGAAGAUGUGUGAAUCGAGGAAUUGGAACAUUCAUAGGUGGUGCUCUGGGAGUAGCUGCUCAUAGAUUAGCAAGUUGUUUUGGAAGUGAAAUAGUUGAACCAAUAGUUCUAGCUGCGUCUAUUUUCAUAUUUGCUGCUACUGGUACAUUUGCAAGAUUCUUUCCAAAAUGGAAGGCAAGAUGUGAUUAUGGCCUCCUCAUAUUCAUCUUGACAUUCUGCUUAAUUUCUGUCUCGGGCUAUCGAGAUGAUGAGGUGAUAGAUAUAGCCCUCACAAGGCUCUCAACAGUCAUGAUUGGAGGAUCUGCUGCUCUGGCCAUUUGCAUUCUAUUAUUUCCAGUCUGGGCUGGUGAAGAUCUCCAUCAUUUAGUUGCUGAUAACAUUGAAAAGCUUGGGGAUUUCUUGGAAGGAUUUGGAGAUGAAUACUUCAAAACUUUAGAAGAUGGAAAUGUAAGAGAUAGCAAAGCAUUAUUAGAGAAAUAUAAAAGUGUGGUUAACUCGAAAACCAUUGAAGAUAAUCUGGUCAAUUUUGCAAAAUGGGAGUUUCGGCAUGGCAAAUUCAGGUUCCGUCAUCCUUGGGGAGAGUACCAGAAGAUUGGAGGCUUAAUACGAGAAUGCGCCUUUCGUCUUGACUCCUUAAAUGGUUACCUCAAAUCCGAGGUGCAGGCACCUCAAGAAAUCCGAGAAAUAUUUCAAGAGUCUUGCCAAACUAUGAGCUCUGAGUCCAGCCAUGCCUUGAAAAACAUGGCACGGGCGAUUAGGACAAUGACUAGUUCGUACGUUGCAGUGGCAAAAUCCCACAUUGCGAUUGCAAAAUCUGCUGCAGAUAACCUCAAAUCGUUACUGAAAACUAAUUCUUGGCAACAAACAGAUCUCCUGCAAAUAAUCCCGGUUAUUACAGUUGCUUCAUUGCUCAUUGAGGUUGUCUCUAGCACUGUGAAAAUUGCAGACUCUGUUCAUCAACUUGCAUCUCUAGCAAGAUUCAAGAAAAUUUCUGAGGACGAUGCAUCAAAGUCAGACCAGAGAAACACAGAAAGAAUAUUGAGAAGUCCCAGCAUUGAAGGAUCCCAUGGUCUCACUAUCUCUGUCGAGUGAUUAACGGCCUCUGAGAAGCUAAAAAUUACUAGUAUUCUGAUCGGUUUUUCUGGCCUCAGAAAACAGGGCGUAGAGAGGAGAAUAGGGACUUUUCCAAAAGGAAAAAGAUACACAUGUACAAUAUGGUAUCCAAUUUUGUCACUUUGUUCAAUCGCGAGAGUGAAUAAUUUUACUGGUUUACCCCUUCGUAUAAUAUGUGACCUGAAAUAUAAAUGCAUACUUUGGAUACUA